AUGCAGAUAGGGAUCUGUGGCACACUGUUUUCGGCGGAACCUGUGACAAUAUCUCUUUCACACGCAAGCACGCACACGCACACACUCACAUUCACUCUCUCUUUCUCUCUCUCUCUCACCCUUCCUCUUCUGUAGACUCUCUCUAUCUGGCUCGCGCUCGAACUAACCUUGGCUCAACGUCAGAGGCUGUGCAGCAGUGCAGUAUAAUGGGAGCGUAUACAACCAUAAAUGCCUCAUAGGCUGCUAUCGCGAUUCUGCUCUGCUUGGCGCUCUCUGCUCCUCUACAGACACACCUCCCGUGUGGAUAUCCAACUCCUCGUGUCUCACCUGAGCCAGGCGCCAGCCCAUGUAUGAGCCCCUACCGGAUUUGUACCGCCCGACAUGGAUGUCCCGCCGUCUCGUGAACCGGAGGAUAUUUUCUUGGCUUAGUCAAGUCGGAAAUCAGGCCGGGACUGCUAAUGGGUUUAGGGGAAGCUCGAGUGACCAUGCCGUGAUCCUGCGACUGGGCUGCCGUCACCCUGCCGAACGACUGUAAACAGAAUUCCGGGGGACUCAAACGCGUACGGGGGAUCACCACUGUGCAUUUUACAAACAACAUGAAGAUUACCUCCCUGCUGAUAACUAGUCUCGUUUUCAGGUUCAACCUCAGGCUGCUGCUUCUGCUGCUGUUUCUUGGAUACUCUCGCGGGAUGCCACACGUUUUAAGAUUUGGAGGAAUAUUUGAAUCCAUCGAAAGCGGCCCGUCGGGAGCAGAAGAACUCGCCUUUAAAUUUGCCUUGAACACAAUCAACAGGAACCGCACCCUGCUGCCCAACACCACACUCACAUAUGACAUCCAGAGAAUAAACAUCUUUGACAGCUUUGAGGCCUCCAGAAAAGCCUGUGACCAGCUGUCCUUGGGGGUGGCAGCCAUCUUUGGCCCCUCCCACAGCUCAUCAGCUAACGCAGUCCAGUCCAUUUGUAAUGCCCUGGGGGUGCCCCACAUCCAGACCAAGUGGAAGCACCAGGUGUCGGACAACAGGGACUCGUACUACGUCAGCCUCUACCCGGACUUCCAGUCCCUCAGCCGGGCCAUCCUGGAACUGGUCCACUUCUUCAAAUGGAGGACGGUCACUGUGGUCUAUGACGACAGCACAGGUCUUAUUCGGUUGCAAGAGCUGAUCAAGGCACCCUCCCGAUACAACAUUCGUUUGAAGAUCCGACAGUUGCCGGCGGAGACCAAGGACGCCAAGCCACUUCUGAAAGAGAUGAAGAAAGCAAAGGAGUUCCACGUGAUCUUUGACUGCGGCCACGAAAUGGCUGCCUGGAUCCUGAAACAGGCUCUAGCCAUGGGAAUGAUGACGGAGUACUACCACUACAUCUUCACCACGCUGGAUCUUUUCGCUUUGGAUAUGGAGCCGUAUCGGUACAGCGGAGUCAACCUGACGGGUUUCCGGAUCCUAAACACUGAAAACUCUCAGGUGUCAUCGAUCAUCGAGAAGUGGUCCAUGGAACGCCUUCAAGCCCCACCCAAAGCGGACUCAGGCCUCCUGGAUGGAUUCAUGACGACAGACGCAGCGCUGAUGUACGACGCGGUGCACGUGGUAGCGGUGGCAGUGCAGCAGUCGCAGCAGAUCACUGUCAGCUCGCUGCAGUGCAACCGCCACAAACCCUGGCGCUUCGGAGCGCGCUUUAUAAGCCUCAUCAAAGAGGCCCAUUGGGAUGGCUUGACUGGACACAUCCUCUUCAACAAAACUAACGGAUUGAGGACAGACUUGGACCUGGAUGUAAUCAGUCUAAAGGAGGAAGGACUGGAAAAAAUUGGAACAUGGGACCCUCCCAGUGGGCUGAACAUGACAGAGAACCACAAGAGCAAGACGACUAACAUCACUGACUCUCUGGCUAACAAAUCCCUCCGCGUCUCCACCAUACUGGUGGAGCCCUAUGUGAUGUUCAAGAAGUCCGACAAGCCGCUGUACGGAAACGACCGCUUCGAGGGCUAUUGCAUCGACCUGCUCCGCGAGCUCUCGGGGAUCCUGGGCUUUCACUAUGAGGUGCGCCUGGUGGAGGACGGCAAGUAUGGGGCGCUGGAGGAGAGCACGGGCCAGUGGAAUGGCAUGGUCAGGGAGCUCAUGGACCACAAAGCAGACCUAGUGGUGGCUCCUUUGGCCAUUACCUAUGUGAGGGAGAAGGUCAUCGACUUCUCCAAGCCCUUCAUGACCCUGGGGAUAAGUAUCCUCUACCGCAAGCCCAACGGAACCAACCCGGGUGUCUUCUCCUUCCUCAACCCCCUCUCACCCGAUAUCUGGAUGUAUAUUCUGCUGGCUUACUUGGGUGUCAGUUGUGUGCUGUUUGUCAUAGCCAGGUUCAGCCCGUACGAGUGGUACAACCCCCAUCCGUGCAACCCAGACUCGGACGUGGUGGAAAACAAUUUUACGUUGCUCAAUAGUUUCUGGUUCGGCGUCGGGGCUCUCAUGCAGCAAGGCUCAGAGCUCAUGCCUAAGGCCCUGUCCACCCGGAUCGUGGGGGGCAUCUGGUGGUUCUUCACCCUCAUUAUCAUCUCCUCCUACACGGCCAACCUGGCUGCCUUCCUCACCGUGGAGCGAAUGGAGUCACCCAUUGACUCGGCCGAUGACCUGGCCAAACAGACCAAGAUCCUGUACGGAGUGGUGGAGGAUGGAUCUACCAUGACCUUUUUCAAGAAGACGAAGAUCUCCACUUACGACAAGAUGUGGGAGUUCAUGAACAGCCGGCGAACAUCUGUGAUUGUGAAAAACAUAGACACGGGCAUCCAGCGCGUGCUCACCUCCGACUACGCUUUCCUCAUGGAGUCCACAACCAUUGAGUUUGUCACCCAGCGCAACUGCAACCUUACCCAGAUAGGGGGCCUCAUCGACUCCAAGGCCUACGGAGUGGGAACACCCAUGGGGUCUCCAUACCGGGACAAGAUCACCAUAGCAAUCCUGCAACUGCAGGAAGAAGGGAAGUUGCACAUGAUGAAGGAGAAGUGGUGGAGGGGAAACGGCUGUCCGGAGGAUGAGAAGAAUAAGGAGGCCAGCGCUCUGGGGGUGCAGAACAUCGGGGGCAUCUUCAUCGUGCUGGCCGCAGGGCUGGUCCUGUCUUUGUUUGUGGCCGUUGGGGAGGUCCUGUACAAGUCUAAACAGAACGCAGAGCUAGAGAAGCGCUCUUUCUGCACUGCCAUGCUGGAAGAGCUACGUGGCUCCCUGAAGUGCCAGCGGCGGCUCAAGCAGAAGCCGCAGCCACCAGUCAUCGUCAAAACUGAGGAGGUCAUCAACAUGCACACAUUUAAUGACAGGAGACUGCCAGGCAAGGAGACCAUGGCGUGAUUGGGGUCGAAGGUCAAAAAUAGCCCUGAAAAGGUCCAAAAACAGCCAGAAGAUCUGGAGGGAUUGAAUGAACUUUAAUGUAAUGUUAACGUAACCUGAAACUAUAUUGCAUUGGCCCCCAGCUUUGGUAGUAUGGUAGACAUGUUUCCUGUGGAAAUGUAGAUGUGUGGACAUGCCUGGAGAUGAUGCGUCACCUCAUGGUGGCCAACAGUUUUCAAGAGGGACUUUUGCAGGGGGCAAGUUGAAGGAUUGUGAGAAUGAUGGAUCUUUGAGAUGGAUCUCGAUAGGGACUCGAAGAGGAGAACUCAAAAUGCAUGUCUGUUGAGACUGCCUUUGAGUUCACUUCACAGUCAGUGACUUUGCACACCCACACAUGCACACACACCUGUUCAGAGCAUCACACUGUAUCUUGAGACCCCAAGAAAUGAUUUGGUUGUUUUUUUUCUGUUGAUGUCAAUUACACAUUAUAUGUUUUUAUUUCAUUUGUAAUCAUUGAUUUGGCUUGACCUCCCUAAUACUCAUGGUUUAUCUUCUGUAAUGCGUUUAUCGUGCCAAAGUUCGGCGACGUAAGGCACUGACAUAUUACUUUCAAUGACUCCACAAACAUGCUGUAGGGUGUCCAAAAUCACAUGACAGUCUGUCAUUUUGAGUUAAUAUCUACUGUUUAAAGGCAAGAUUUCUACAAAAAAUAUAUGUUCAUUUUUGUAUACGGACAAUGUUUUGUAGUACUUUCUAUCAGUCUAGCAUUCUCUGUGGACUUCACAUAUGUAGCAGGUGGGAGCCCCCCUCCACCCUCAUUCUGACUACAGGUGAUUUAGGGGUGCCCCCGAUCUGGUGCCUCCGGGGGCCCCUCACUGUGCCAUGCCCGCUCUCCUCUGUCGUCCAUACUGUCUCCUCAAUAGGGCCCAUGUUUCCGUUGUGAGAUGACAAGCAUAUCUGGACGUUCUAGAGCUGCCCUCAUCUCCCUACUAAACCUUGCUUACAUACUGUAGCUGUACAGUGACUGUGUCUCAAUAGUUUUAACUUUCCAUUCCUUGUGUACUUUCCUCUAUGACCACUGAUACUGUAGGACAUGACAGGUGGAAGCAAUAUAGCAGAAACCUAUCCAGUUUUUUUUUAAAUCUAUCAGUGAUCAUGAAGGAUGAGCAUUCAGUCAGAGUGCUCAUUCAGAGUAGGGUGAAGUUGCCCGUAGAUGCUGAUCUUGGGUCACUUUUGCAUUUUCACACUAAAGGUUAAGUGUAGGUUCAGGGGAGGGGAAGCUGAUCCUACAUCUGUGCCUAGGGAAAACUUCAUCCUGGAGUGUCUCAAACAAUCCCAAAUGCCCAAAUGGGUCCAUCCCCAGAAAAGAAAAUACAAAAUACAAGGUCCAUGUUUCUUAAAAUAUUUCUUCUGUACAUUAAUAAAUUCAUGUAGAAUUUGAGUAAUUUCAUGGAACCAUUAAUAAAAUACCUAGUUUGCUUUUUUAAUUUUAUUUUUAUUCGUAUUUUUUACCAGUAUUGCCAUUUUCUACCCUGCUAGAUUCAGUGGUACAAAGUGUAAAUGGUUGAAUAAUUUGGAAGAUUCAUCAGAAAAUAUCCAACUGUAUUGUCAACCAAAACAUUAGAUAAUAGAAUGUAUUUGACAUUGAUGCAAGGUUUUACAAAAAAAUGUAAUCAUUAAAAAAGUAAUAACUAUUCAUUUGUUUCCA